AUGUUCAAUAGGGAUCGCCGCCGCCGUGAUUCCAAGAAAGCAGCUGGCAAUGAUGACAUGCUAGGCAAGCUGCCCAACGACGAUGACAUGCUAAGCAAGCUGCCCAAUGACGUGCUGCUCAACAUCCUCGAGAGGGUGGGCACGCUUGAUGCUGUCAAAACCUGCAUCCUCUCGAAGCAAAUGCAGAAGCUGCCCGGCAUGCUCUCGCAGAUUGUCAUCGAUCUCAGCCCUCGCGAUUUGGUGCGAAUGAACGGCGUUGUGGCCAACGUGACGGCAAACAUCCUUAGUACAAGGUCUCCACAGAUCACCGUUCGCAAGCUGAAGGUCAAAUUCUUCUUGAGUCCUCGCGGUCUCCCCAUCGGCAAAGCUGUUGCGCUCGCUAUGGCGACUCAGAAACUAGAUGCGGCCGAGUUUGAAAUCUUGACACUGAGGGAUUCAUUUAAUUGCACAGGGGAACAUUUCCUGAUCUUCGCUAAGCAGUUCGAUGAUUUUCUAAAAGAUUGUCCAGAAGCAUUUGCUGGUCUCACACGGCUGCAACUGCAGAAUAUGAGGUUUGGUGAAUCGGACAUACCCAAUAUUCUUAGCACCUGCAAGCGGCUCCAGUCCCUGUCUUUCUUUGAGUGUGAUGCGGGGGUCCGUUCCGUGCUGCAUGUACAACACGCUCAACUCGUUGAGCUUGUUAUCACCUAUGGGGAGUUUAAAACAGUGGUGCUUGACUUUCUACCAAAGCUCCAGCAGAUGACCUAUAAUAAUUGGCCUUGUGAUGAAAAUCCCUUGGUUCUUGGUACUGUCCCUCAGCUUUGGAAGCUCAGUCUUGCUAAUGCAAAUCUUUCAGGCAAGACCCUCAACCUAAGCAAGCUGCUUGCUAAUGCCCCCACUGUAAGCCAUUUGUAUCUGGAGUUUCGAAGUGAAAAGAUUUGGGUUCAACCAGAACGCUCAAAAGUGCUUGCUCCUGUGCUCACCAAACUGCGGCUUGUGGAUUUGGACAAUCUUCCUGAAGAAUGUGAUAUUGCUUGGACAAUGUUCCUUCUUGAAACUGCACCAUACCUAGAGGAGCUUUCCAUCAUAGUAUGGGAUCAUAAGUGCCAAAAGGAGUCACAAAAGAGUCGCAUGAAAGCGGAUGUGAAGUGGGAACCAUCUGAUCCUCAUUUUAAGCAGAAGAAUCUGACAAGGCUAACUAUCUACGGCUUCCAGUCCCAUGACAAUUUCAUCGGAUACGUUAGACGCGUCAUUCAAGCUGCUGCGAACAUCAGGGAGGUAUCCCUGCACGACAGGAAGGUGUGUCCAUUUUGUUUCGAAAAGUUUCCUCACGUGGCUGUUCGUCCUUCAAGUUAUCCACGGACCAGUGAGGAGGUGGAUUUGUUGAGGAAGAAGAUGACAACAGCGUCGGCGACGGCUUCUCCUGAUAUUCACUUCCGCUCGUGA